AAAUUUUUGAAAUACUUGUUGACCGUUGACUCUGAUUGAGAGUGCAUUGCAUUGAAUGUAUUGAAUGUAUUGAAUGUAUGGCUAAGUCAGUGACAUGUGUUUGUGUGGGCACACAAUGCAUACAAUAGACUGACAAUAGUGUAUAAACUUUAACAUAUUAUACACUACAGUAUAGUCUAUAGUCUAAAGGGUUGAGUAAACGUUGCAAAUGAGCACUAAAUUUGAAAACUUGUUUAAAAAGACAACAACUUUUGAGUCGGACUUUAACUCAGUGUCUAAACGACUGGCGAAGGCAUCGAUCGUUUCAUUACUUUUAAAAAAACCGUUUUUAACGACAUUUCCUAUGAUUUCAAAGUUUUUUAAAUACAUUUAUUUUAAUAUUUAAAUGAAUGAAUCAGUCGUUUAAUUGCAAUUAGUUUUUAUCAUAAUUUAAUGGUUUUCAUACCUUUUUUAAACUAAGUUUUAACGGUUUUAUCAAUUUUUUUAAAUAAAUACUUUUAAUUGUGUCCAUUAAUUAUCAUUGAAAUGUCUCGCCGUAACGAUCUCAUGAAGAUUGAAAUACCUGAUUUGGUAAUUGAUCCCAAAACACGAAAACAGUAUCGCAAAGGAAAGUUCUUGGGAAGGGGAGGAUUUGCCAAAUGCUAUGAACUGAUUGAUACAUCUAAUGGUGUUAUAUAUGCGGGUAAAGUGAUCGCCAAAUCACAGUUAGUCAAACCCGACCAAAAAGAUAAGAUGACUCAAGAGAUAACAAUUCAUCGGUCUAUUAAUCACAAACAUGUCGUUGAAUUUCACACUUUCUUUGAGGAUAAGGACUAUAUUUACAUUAUCCUCGAACUCUGCAGUAAAAGAUCGUUGAUGGAAAUGCAUAAAAGGCGUAAAACUUUGAAUGAGUCUGAAGUGCGAUAUUAUGUGCACCAAAUUGCCUGCGCUUGUAAAUACCUGCACGAGAAUCGCAUUGUGCACAGGGAUCUCAAGUUAGGAAACCUGUUUCUCAACGAUAAUAUGCAACUCAAAGUCGGCGACUUUGGUUUGGCCACAAAAAUUGCUUCAGAAGGCGAACGCAAACUUACACUUUGCGGAACUCCUAACUAUAUCGCACCGGAAGUUUUAUUCAAAAAGGGUCACAGUUUUGAAGUGGAUGUUUGGUCUUUGGGUUGUAUUGUAUACACACUAAUCUGUGGCAAACCUCCCUUUGAAACUAACGACUUAAAGGACACAUACAAACGAAUCAAAUGUAAUGAAUACAAGAUUCCGGUUCACGUACCAUCAGAAGUGGCCAAUUUUAUUAGCAUUUUACUACAAUCUGAUCCCAAAAAGAGACCCUCAAUGGCUGAGGUGUUAGAUCAUCCAUAUCUAACAAAGAAUUAUAUUCCGUCACGUCUUCCAGUAUCCUGUCUUACAGUAGCUCCUCGUUAUGAUUCUCGGCUUUCAAUACUUCCAAAUGACGCGCGAAUGUCUCCACGAAAACCAUUGGGAGAAAUGGCAUACAAUGGUAUGACUAAGUCUCCUGAGAAGGCUUUAGUCAACAAAUAUAACGAACCAAAUCUGCGACCGAAAGGAAAUCUCGAUUCGGCGCCAAAAGACUAUUAUUUGAAGGAUUUGAGUAAUCAAUUGCUUCAUCUUAUUGCACAAAAACCUGCGGAUUUGCCUCAGAUUAUGGAAGAUGAAGCCGAAGAUCCUGUUUCUUCGCCCAUAUUUUGGAUCUCCAAAUGGGUCGACUAUACUGAUAAAUACGGUAUUGGCUACCAAUUAUGCGAUAAUAGUGUUGGCGUUUUGUUCAACGACAUCACCAAAAUUGUUCUCAUGUCUGAUGAAUCAAAUAUGCAUUACAUUGAUAGAGACGGCAAUGAGAGAUAUCAUAAGUUUGAUUCGUGUCCAAACGAUAUUCUUAAGAAGUUAACACUAUUGAAGUACUUCAGAAACUACAUGAAUGAGCAUUUGUUGAAGACUGGAGAUAAGCCAAAACCUCGUGAAGGCGAUGAUUUGGUGCGUUUACCACAUCUUAACAAUUGGUUCCGAACAAGAAAUGCUAUUGUCUUUCAAUUGACUAACGGAUCCGUUCAGAUCAACUUUUUCCAAGAUCACACUAAAUUAAUUCUAUGUCCAUUGAUGGGUGCCGUCACUUACAUCAAUGACAAGCGAGACUUCAAGACAUAUAAGUUUAGUUUGAUGGAGAAGUAUGGCUGCAGUAAAGAGCUGUUCACUCGUGUCCGAUAUGCCUAUGAUAUUGUCGACAGAUUAAUGACUCAUAAGCUUAGCUCUAACACAAAGACCGGUUCAAAGCGAAGCGGUAACUGAUUCCUAUGUAAAGGCAAUCAUUUUAAUGUUUUAUAUAUUUUUAUUUCUCUUAAUUAUAUAUAUAUAUUGUAUAUCACUAUAUUU